AUGUCUUAUCAAAUGCAAACACUCCCUGGUAUAACCUUGCUUGGUCAGCCCGAGAAGAAUGGAGUUUAUGAUCAACAGGAGAUUGUAACACUUAUAACACAAUACUACGAACUUCUCGCCAAAAUGCGUUACUUUCCCGCCUCCUACAUCAAAUAUGCACCCCACGAUCCUCCCAUCGACGUGGAACUCGCAAAGAGCUUUGAUCUUGAACCACAAGUCAUUGAGCUUCUUCAAGCCCUGCCAUACAUAGAGGGGUAUAACAAUGAAGAUGAGUUUAUCCUUGGUGGAAGUUUUGCUGAUAUGAGGGAUCUGGAAGUGUUAACGCAGAGCCGAGAUCCGGGAUUUGUUUGUCCUGAAGGCGGAUUUGAUGAUGUAGACGGGGCGUAUAUGAGACCUUGGGAAAUCUGUAUCAAUGCAUGUGGAAAUCAUGGAACGAUGAUGUUUCUUGACAUAAGAAAUGGUCACAUAACAAUGGAAGGUCAAGAUUCCGGUGAAAGCGAAGAUCCCGGUGUACAUAACUUCCCUGAGGGUCUCCGAAGUCGUAAUCGCAAUUCCCAUGACCAUCUUCCCAGUCGCCACGCUAGAGAGGUCUUCGAAGAUUUUACAAACAGACUUUUAAAACUUCAAUGGAUUCCAAGCUCUGAGGACCGUAAAAUGUUAUCAGAAUGGGAUGAAGAUUACGAAGAUCUAAGACUCCUCUUCCGAACAUACGGCUGGCCCCAUAACUUCAACCACACCAGCUUCGACUCUGCCUACUCCCGCUGGCGCGAGUUUUCGACCACAAAGAACCACGCGUGUGACUCUGCCUCUGAUAUCAUAAAUCAAAAACUCAAUCUGGAUAGCGCUACAGAAUCUCUAAAUUCUCAUUCUAGGCGUUUGCGAAUGGGGGUGUGGGAUCGUGAUCCUGACAAAGAGCCCGAAGACGUGAUAAUGUUAAACAUUAUUCUUGAGAAGAAAAGGAAAUUAGUCAAUGAUUUAAAUGAAAUGCUAAAAAGGGCUAUUGCUGAUCAUGGAGACUGGAAAGGAGAAAGGGCAGAAAUGGUUAAAGCGUGGAAGAAACAUUUUGAGAAUGACAUUGAGUGGGAAGAGAGGAAUUUAGAAUGGUGGAGAGGAGAUGGGAAGGCGCAUUGUAAGAAAGAGGAAAUUGAAGAGACUAGGGAGAAGAUACGUGUCUUGAAGGAGAGGUUGGCGAAUGUAGGAGAACAGCCAAUCUCAGUAGAGGAAGUGAUUAAUAAGUCUUUGUAG